CGCUACAUCAGCAGCCCGCAGGAGAACCUCUCAUCCCAUUAAGUCAGUGCGAUAUAUUUGUCCUUCUGUUCGUGUUACAUAUUUGAAAAUAUGAGUUUUGGGGAGCGAGUUAAAUGUCUCUCCUCGCAUUUGUAUCAUUAACCUGCUGCGUUAAGCUGGGAAAUAGCAUACCGUGGCUAACGUUAGCUUAAUUAGUAACAGCCGCAACUGAACUGUGGCAUUUCUCUUAUUUUCUGACCGAAACAUCCAGCUAAUUUAACCCCUCCUCAUUCUCCACCUGCUCGCUCUACAAGUGUUACUGUUUCCUUAAGUCAGUGUUGAGCUGUGUUUGUUCAUACUUAAGUCAGAACUAGCCCGCGCGGCUAUCUGACCGCUACCGUAUAGGAUCAUCGGUCACCCAGGUAACGAUGAACAUCCUUCCGAAAAAAAGCUGGCACGUUCGCAACAAAGACAACGUCGCGCGCGUGCGGAAAGACGAGGCCCAGGCGGCAGAGGAAGAGCGCGAGGCCAAGCGGCGCGUGGAGCGUGCUGAGCAAGAGGCUCGUACAGAGUUUUUGAGAAAGAAAUCCAGAGCUGCUCUCCAUUCAGCAGGAGAACAGAGGGAUGAAGAAGCUGAUGACGAUGGUGACAAACAGAGUGGAGGAAGUAGAGCUCUGGAGCAUCUUAAUCUUUUCCCCCUCGAGGAGUCCUCAGAGAAGAAGGGGAAUGAGGAGUAUCUCAAAGACAAGAAAGAUGAACAGGAGAAGCAGGAGCGAGCUAUCGGCUUGCUGGUGUCUCUUGGACCCCAACCGGGGUCUGAAGUCACUCCGUGGUACAUGAAAACUGGCAAAGAAAAAGAGGAAGCAAAAGAAAAGGAAGAGCGAAAAGAUCCAGAGAAAAAGAAGGGAAUAAGUGAAGAGGAGAAAGAGAAGAGAGAUCGCCGAUUGAAAGAUAGUUUGGACCCAUUGAAAGAGAUGAAGAAAAUAAUGGCUGUAAAGGACAGAAAAUAUAACAACAAGAAAAAGGAAAGAAGAGCCAAAGGGGAAAAGUGGAGCAGUGGAGAGAGCUCCAUAGAACGGUUACGUGCCGAGCGCUUACAGAGGGAGGCGGACGAGAGGAGGAGAACCCAGGCCCUCCUCGACCAGAGGAACGGCAAAGGGAAGGAGCCGGGGAAGGACACGAAUGAGAGGGAGAGACCGUACAACAGUGCUUAUUUCCCAGAACUUGCUCGAAAGCGUCAAAGGCGGGACCGAGAUAGCUGGAGGGAUGAAAUAUUAAAAUCAUGAACUCUGUUUAUUGCUUCACAGUGCUCCAUGCUGGAUGGUUAGUGGACAAAAGUUUACAUCUUUUCUUCCCUAAAGGAAGCAAUGUAAAAUGUCAAAAGGUUCGAUGGAAAGUGUUGGGAACCACAUGACCUUUAAAAAGGCCACUUGUAGGCCAUUUUUCAUUUAUUUUUAUUUAUGUCAUUUGCCGUUACCUUUGUCGCCUGCAGCGUUUUGCUGGGAUGACGUCAGCGGGGUAGAUUUGUUGUCAUUGUUUUCAUCACAGGGGGCUUGAUACUAGAUGUGUUUAUACUAUUGUUAAAAUUCCAAGGAUGAUGAAAACAAUCUGCACACACUGCAUGAAUAAGUCUUUCAUGUUCCUAAUAAUUGCGGCGUGAAGGUCAGCAUAUGAGUAAAAUAAUAGAAAAUAAACUGGCAUAGAGCUGAAACAACCAUUUGAGUAAUUAAUUAGUUGAUUGGUGGAAAAUAUUUAUAAUUAUAAAGUGUAAUAUACUUUUUCUCAUUUUUAUUUUUCUAGCUCUUUUUUUAUCGUAUGAGCUGAGUUUGAGUUUUGGACCCUUUGGUACAAUCAAAUAAUGAAUGAACGUUUUCAACAACCAUCUAUGUCACAGAAAAGCCCUGCUAUAAAUAACUCCUGCUAUGAUGUGGUCAUUUUAGUCUUUUGCAUGUUGGCCCAACGUCUGGCUCACCGGGACAGAAGAUGGAAUGAUGCCGUUUUUUUGUUCAAAGUCAAAACGUCUGCUGUUGUGUCAUUGCAUCAACACAAAAUAAGAAUAUCAACUUGCUGUUUUCCUUUCUGUAAAUGUUGUUAAAAUACACACAUCUGAAACAAAUAUUUUCAUGAGUGAUGCUCGUUUUUCUGUGGUGAAGAUAAGUUGUGUUGGGCUUCACCGAAUCAUUUCUUGAUCGAUUUCAAGUUAAACCGAAGCUUUCAACUAUUAUCGGGCUGCUGUAUUAUGUAACAUUGGCCAUUUAAUGUUAUACCAAAUAAAAGAAAACAAAGAAAGCUA